AACGCCACCGUGUCACUUUGAGGACGGAUAUCGACCGGUCCUCAUCCUCUGUCUCUCUCUCCUCCUCCUCUCCCUCUCUCCUUCCCUGCAGCGCUCUCCCACUCACACUCGGUCUCCAUCAGUCUUCAUGGUUCUGAUCUCACCCCACGCCAUGCAAGCCACCCGGGCGUCCUCCACCGUCAGUGUGUUUGCGGACUGCAGCAUCCCGGCCGGGCUCCGGAUAGGACCGGUACCGGGCAUCUUCAAACUGGGGAAGUACUUGUCGGAUCGUAAGGAAGUUGGAUCCAAGAAGAAGGUCCGCUUGGUGCGAGGAGAGUUCGUGGAUGAGUCGAGCUGUCCUGUGCCAGACUGGAUCGGAUUCAUCCGCGCCGCCAGGAACAGCCAAGAGCAAAACCUGGAGGCUGUGUCGGAUUUACCUGGUGGACAGAUUUUCUACCGUGUGCUGAGAGAAAUCCCUGCAGGAGAGGAGCUCAGUGUUUGGUACUCCAACGCUCUGGCCCAGUGGUACGACAUCCCCACCACCGCCACUCCCACGCACGACGAGAAAGGUGAGGAGCGUUACAUCUGCUGGUACUGCUGGAGAAUAUUCAAAUACCCGAACACACUCAAGGCCCACGUCCACUUCCACUGCGCGCUGAGCAACGGACGGGGGUUUGUGAGCAGCGAACAGGCAAGAGGCACCGAGACAUUCAGCAGGUCACCAAAGUCUGGAGAUAUCCCCAACACCUCCAUCUCUCCGAGGAGCAGUCACAACAACUCCUCCAUGUCAGACUCAGGCCGGCGGGCGGUGUCCUCCUCGUCGUUUCUAAUCAAAUCGGGACUGUCCAAGAAAAGCAGCACCGAGGAGCAGGACCGGGCCCUCGACAUGAGCGUCACCGCAGCCAGAAACCAGGGGCAGCUGCUCAGCCUGGGCGCCACAUCCUCCGUGCUCAGCAGCAUGGGCUUCCAACCGGGUGUGCGCUCUGCCUUCAAGCCGACCGGCGUCUCCAAAGUCCCGGGCGCUGACGCCUCCAGAGAGGACCCCAACGGGAAGCUGAGUGGUAUGGGAUUCAGCAAACUCAUCGGUAACAUGAAACCAAUCCGGAAUGCGGGUGAGACUCUAAACGGAGGAGGCAGCCAUCCUCCAAAAUGCGCACCUGCAAUUAUGGACGCCACAUCCCCAUUGGUGCCAUGCACAAACGCUCUCCGGGCUUUCCCGCUGCUGCCUCACAUGGAGGAGACCUCGGCUUUUAAGCACGUGGAGAGCCGGAUGCACUCCGGCCUGUCCCCCUCCCGUUACCCCCAGGUGCCCCCUGGACUCCACUUUGAACGGUUCUCCCUCCCUCACUUUGAUGGCGUUAAGACUUAUGGUGGAGACUGUAACAUCCCAUUGAUGCCCUUCACUGUCUAUAACGGGGAGCUUCUGUACAGUUCACCUUACUAUCCUCUGAAAUUCCACUUCGGAAACCUCCUCAAGUACCCGGAGUCCAUGUCCUACUUUGGUGCGCCGUCGUUGAAUCAAGACCUGGGCUCCAUCACCAACAUCGACCGGGAGAUCGCCAUGCACACUCAACAGCUGUCCGAAAUCGCGGCGGAGAAGAACCGGACGCGGCUGGACUCGAUGCCGGCCGGAGCCUCCAGCAACGUCGGCUCUGGCAAACCGAAAAAGGGACACCUGUGUCUGUACUGCGGCAAACUGUACUCGAGAAAAUACGGGCUGAAAAUCCACAUGAGAACUCACACAGGUUACAAACCGCUCAAGUGCAAGGUGUGCUUCAGGCCCUUCGGAGACCCGAGCAACCUGAACAAGCACAUCCGACUGCACGCGGAGGGAAACACCCCGUACAGGUGCGACUUCUGCGGCAAGGUGCUGGUGCGGAGGCGAGACCUGGAGAGGCACGUCAAGUCCAGGCACCCCGGACAGACGGUGAAGAAACUGGAGGACAAACCCGGCGGCCUGUUCGAGGACGCGGAGCAGAAGAGCGACAAUGACAGUGACGUGGACGUGUGCUUCACUGACGACCAGAGCGACCAGGAGUCGAGCAAAAAUAAUGACUGAGACUGCCCGUUGUCUUGAAAUGGUGUCAUUUAGUCUUGUAUCGAAUCAUUUUGACAUUAGGCUACAACAUCCUCCCAAAACCUCCACAUCUAAUUAUAGUGGACAUGUGGCCUCCAAAUAUAUAUUUUUUGUUUUUCAUCUUGUCAAAUUUACAAAAAAACCCCAUAUAAUUUCGACCUGAAACUUUGCGCAUUGCUUUGCGUAUUCCUUUGCGUAACUUUACCCUUUGCAUGUAUUUAGUUAUGAGUUACAGCAAAAGGUAAACAUAUUCGGUAUCUUGCUCAAGGGCACUUCAAAAAUGCUUUAAAAACAAGUUAAAAAGAAGAAUUCGGACAGUGGUGUUGCAGACAUUUCCGUUUGCUUUAAAUGCAAAUUACCAUAACUGUUUUCAUUUUUAUAUACUUUUAUAAAUCUGGCACUUCUAAAACCAAACAAGAACAAUGAUCCAGGUUAAAAGAAAAAAAUCAAGGCUGAAUAUGAGAGUGACUUCCUAUAAGUUAGAUAUAUUUUUGCAGUGUAAAAAUGUACCAGAUGUGUUUUUUGUAUGUCUCCCCCUGAGGAAGGAACUAUGAGUUUGAAAAGCCACUUCUACCCCCUCCCCUCAAAUAAACAUAAUGACAAAUAUCCCAUACUCCCCUCUUAACUGUUAGUUGCACUUUAAAAACAGCAAUGGGCACCUCAUUCCAACAAAUCAGUGACACAAACAAUGAUUCUAAUCGAACUGAUUUCCUCACUUCUUUGCAGAUCUCGUGUUCCCUGCGCCUCGCUGAAUAACACACUGUACUUCAAUUUGCACUUUCAUGGCGCAGGCAUGUUGUUCUUAAAGCAGCAGCAGCCAGUUUAUUUAAGGAAUUAUUUCUAGAGAGAGAAAAUGUAUUGAUUGCAGUAAAGGCUAUAAGACGUGUAAAGUAUGAUAUUUCACA